GCCGCUGGGGAAGCCGCCCGCAGCGGGGCGGGGCGGCAAUGGCGUCUGAGGGCCGUGUGUUUGGGCCGGAGUUUGACUGCUGAUGUAGACAUUAAAGUAGUCCCUGCCCUUUAAACAGCCGGGGCCGUCCGGUAGUGCUUGUUUCCGGGGGGAGGUUGUCCCGCGCCUGGUUUUCCCGCAGAGCAGUUACAGGAAUGUGCUUGAAGUGAUUAUUGCCACCAUGUUCUCACAGCACUCACAGGAUCUGUUAAAGGUUGCAAAUCUUCAUCUCCGGAGUCUGAAUUUAAAUCUACAUUUACAAAACCACAGAAGAGCUUUCAGCAAGUCUCUGCCUGCAUGUCGAAGGAAAGUAGUGGUUACAGGUAUUGGCUUAGUGUCCCCUCUUGGUGUGGGGACUCAGUUUGUGUGGAAGCACCUUCUUGAAGGAGGCAGUGGGAUUACAUCGCUAGAUGGGGAAGAAUAUGCAGGCAUCCCAUGUAGAGUGGCUGCUUGUGUGCCAAGGGGAAAAAAGGAGGGUCAGUUCAGUGAAGAAAGCUUUGUGUCAAAGUCAGAGAUCAAAUCCAUGAGUUCUGCCACUGUGAUGGCCAUCGGUGCAGCAGAACUUGCAAUGAAGGACUCCGGCUGGUCUCCCCGGUCUGAACAGGAUCGCUUAAGUGCCGGUGUGGCAAUUGGGAUGGGAAUGGUUCCACUGGAAGAAAUUUCUGACACAGCUGCCUUAUUUAAAACAAAGGGUUACAAUAAGGUCAGCCCGUUUUUUGUGCCAAAGAUUUUAGUCAAUAUGGCAGCAGGCCAUAUCAGCAUCAAGUACCAACUGAAAGGGCCAAAUCACGCUGUGUCAACCGCUUGUACCACAGGCGCACAUGCAGUUGGAGACUCCUUUAGGUUUAUUGCUGCUGGUGAUGCUGAUGUCAUGUUGGCUGGAGGGACUGAGGCUUGCAUUAGUCCUUUGUCUUUGGCUGGAUUCGCAAGAGCUCGGGCCCUCAGCACGAGUUUUAACUUGAGCCCUAAAACGGCCUGUCGACCGUUUGAUUCGAAGAGAGAAGGGUUUGUAAUGGGAGAGGGUGCUGCUGUGCUGGUCUUGGAAGAGUAUGGACACGCCGUACAAAGAGGUGCUAGGAUCUAUGCCGAAGUUUUAGGUUAUGGACUGUCUGGUGAUGCUUGCCACAUAACAGCACCUAAUCCAGAGGGAGAUGGUGCAUUCAGGUGUAUGUCUGCAGCAAUAAAAGAUUCUGGGAUCAAACCUGAAGAUGUAACAUAUGUCAAUGCACAUGCAACCUCUACACCUCUAGGAGAUGCUGCUGAGAAUCAAGCAAUCAAGAGACUUUUUAAAGAUCACUCACGUAAUAUUGCGGUUUCCUCAACAAAAGGAGCAACGGGACAUCUCCUGGGGGCUGCAGGAGCUAUUGAAGCAGCUUUUACUGCACUGUCCUGUUACCAUGGAAUUUUGCCACCUACUCUAAACUUACAGAAAACAGAGGCAGAGUUUGAUCUCAAUUACGUUCCAUUAACUGCUCAGGAGUGGAAAACUGAAAAACGGCGUAUAGCACUCACAAAUUCAUUUGGCUUUGGUGGUACUAAUGCGACUUUGUGCUUUGCAAGUGUUUAACUUAUGCUGAGAAUGUUGAGCAAAAAUGGCACCAGCGAUGAUUUUCUGUACUCCUACCCUUGGUGUGCACUGUAAUCUUUUCUCAUCUUUGAGAGUUGCUCAUUUGAUACAUAAGAACUUUAUUCACCCUAAAAUUUACAUCAGUAAUUCUUUUAGAAAGAGGGAACUUCUUUUACUCAUUUUAAUAAAAAUAAAUAAAAGAUCUGUUGUUUGUGUGGUGAAGAAGUUUUUGUUCUUGACUAGAACAGGAGACAUUGUGAUUUAACUUCAUUAGGAUAGAUUUUUGUAUUUGUGUGACACAGAAAUUGCUCAGAAACAUUUAUGCAAAAGAGAUGCUGGCUAACAAGCUAGAACUCCACACUUGGUGGCUUAACUGCAUGAUGAUACAAGGUUUAUGACUGUAUGCUUUGUUACCCCCUCCAUAUAUAAUUCUGCCUUUUUCUUCAUUGUACGUUGUCUCAAAUAUCAUAGAUUUUAUGUGCAUUCUUCCACACAAGUGGAAACUUGGAGAAACAAGGUGUCUUCUAUGAAAACAAACAAAAAAAAAGUAUAUGCAAGAAACAAA